AUGGGGAGUUCUGCACAUUGUACGGGCGACUGCUCACGCGUCUUCCUUGCCAACACGCCCUCCCUCGGCGGAAAUGCCGCUCUGCUGGUCCUUUUCGCGAUUCUCAUCCCCAUCGCGUUCAUCUUGGGGAUCCGAUAUAAGAGCUCUAUCUUCGCGACUACCGUGACCACGGGGCUCGCGCUGGAGGUUGUGGGCUACAUCGGCCGGGUCUUGUUACACGGCAGCCCCAACGGCAGAGGCCCCUUCAUCGUCUAUCUUCUCGGAACCACUACCGGCCCAACAUGCAUCUGCGGCGCAAUGUUUCUCAUGAUGCCACGCAUUGUUGCGGUAUACGGUGAAGAGUUCCGCUCCUGGCGUCCCUUCUGGCAUCCGUUCCUCUUCUACGCUUUGACUACGGUGUCCCUUGUGCUGGAUUUGGUUGGAUCGAUCGUCUCUGGUAUCCAAGAUAAUUCGGACUUGAUCAAUAUCGGUAUCCAGGUACUUGUCGCAGGUCUGGCAAUUCAGCUGGCUGCCCUCGGUAUCUUCGUCUUCCAUGCAAUCUUUUUCGCAAUUGCUCUGCGCACACGGCGACACGGCCUUGAUCCCAAGUACGCUUCGGUAUACAAUAGCCGUCUAUUCAAGAUGUUUCUUGUUGCCUUCUCACUCGCGACCAUCCUGCUGGUGGUUCGCACGGCAUACCGAGUCGUCGAAAUCGCCGAGGGUUUCGAUAGCUCAAUCGCCCAAGAUGAGGUCCUCUUCCUGGUGCUCGACGGAGUCAUGGUUCUUAUCGCCACCCUGCUUCUACUGGGCUUCUUCCCAGCCCGCGCUUUCGGUCAGUCCUGGCUGCAGACGUCAAGCCGCAGGUUGUCUCAGACGCCCCCUCGACCGCUUCGACCGUCCCCGGCCCAGCUGCCGCCGUCCGCUCGCCCCAGUCCAACUUACAACAACCGGAUGAGCCUCAAGUCGUCUGUGUCCGGUCAAUCGCCGCGUUACUCACCCCGCAAGUCGAGUUACGCGCAACCUCCUCCGCAGAGGAACAUGGUUGAUAGUGAUGCUCUUUGGUAA